AUGAACACGAACGACAAUGGUGUAGGCCAUUUAUCUACUGGAGUAUUACUCUUGGCCGUUUCUGGUGAUAUAAAUAACAGUGUAAAAGUAAAGCAUCGAAAUCCGAUGAAACAAUUCUGCAUCCUGUCUCCAGAAGAAUUGUCUCAAAUACUCGGAAUUCCAGUUUUGUCUCCUGUCAUUGCAAGUGAAGUAGAAGUAGCAUCAUCAUGGGUGAUAACUGCACUGACCGCGAUUCCGAUUUUAUUACUAUUGUUGAUAUUACUCUGUUGCUUGAAAUUUUCGAAAAGAGAAAAUACAAACGUGAAGAAGAUUGAACGACGAGAGACAAAAAUAGAAAGAUAUCCUAUAUACACCAGCAGAGAAGUUGUAUCGACAUGUAGAAGAUUUGAAGAUCAAACUACUGAUCCAAAAAUAGAAAGUCCCAGAAGUGUGUUAGAGCAAGAAUAUGAAAUUGUGGACAACGUUAAGCCGGCAGCUAUGCUUCCUCCUCUUCCCGAAGAACAAGUUUCGCAUCUAUAUUCUUCGGGAGAAUUUGAAGAGAUUGAUGAAACUAAGAUAAAGCACGUAGAGCCAGAGGAAGAAAUGCCCAAUGCAAUAUGUGAGGGAACACCGUCAAUAAACGAGGAGAAUUACGUAAACUCGAAAACUCUGCGGAAACAACUCUUUGAAAAUUCUCCUCCUGCUGUCAGUAGAUCUAAUUUCGCUGAAGUCAAAGAGUCCCCGCUAGCUUAUUUACCUCGCGUUUCAUCCAAGACCACACCUUUGGUAACACAGCCGAUUGUGCGCAGCUGGGUUGGAGACGACAACGAGGCAGUUUCGGGAGAUGGUGUGGCCGAAAUUAAUGCGGACUUGAUGCGUAUUCGUGCACGAAUGAACAGAACGCAGAAUGCAGAAAGAAGUCGUAACAAGCGACGAAUAAGACAACGAAUAAGCCACGACGAAAGAAUCAAAACACCAAGUCCAUUGCCUUCUGGAAUUCACAACCCAUUUGCACCUGUAGAAGAGAAGGCAUCUGCGCACCCAGUCGAGGCUGUAGGAAACCCAAAGAAAAUUAUAGAUGAAAUAUCACGAGAGGGAGAAACAAAAGUGAAUCAUGUUUUGCUAGCGGAGUCAAAUGAUCCUGAAAAACAGAAAAGAAAAACGAGCAAGAAAAGAAAACGACGCAAAUUACUGAUGACUAUAUUGAAAGACUGGGAGAAUCGGCAUCUUCGAAACCCAGAUAACAACAUUGAAAUUUUAAGUCCUGCCUGCAGGCUUUCACUGGAUGCUAAAAUGCAACGCUGGCAUCAAUCGGCCGAUAUUUCACAUAACGAUGAAGAUGAAUGUCCAAUACAAGUUGUCAAACGAACCGAUUCAUCUCCUCCAUCAAACGCUGAGGUACGGUUGGUGCGAGUCAUUUCUGUGCCCCUGAACAACAACACUAAUGGUGAUACGUUGUUGCAUGCGAACUGAAAUGAAUUUAUUAUUAUUAUUUGUGAAACUGAUUUGUUAAUCACUCGACUGGCUCUGAUAAGAUGUUUUAGGUCUACUACUUGUGCAAUGUGUAAAUACCCAAUGUCGUUCAUUUGUUAUGCUAAAAUACUGCUAAAGAAAUUUGCCAUUUCUACGUUGCUCGUGGAUAUUAUGAAGAAAAGAUGUGUUUUGUUCUUAUGAAAGCUGUAUCGACUUGUUGAGGUGGGGCCGAAAUCUUGAAAUAUAUGUAAGAUACAAGUUAACCCAAUUCAUAAUCGUCGUAAGCAAACAAAUAUUUCUGACUCUCCUGCUAGCCGACUUGCUGCUGAAUGAAUCACAACAGUGAACCUGUGGAUAUAUUUAUUUAUACUAGUCAGUUGUGCAGCACACCUGCAUUCCAUUCCAUUUUUUUAUACAAGUCAAGCACUUCGAAUAAGUAGGCACAAAAUAUAUAUAUACUUAUAUGUAAUAUACCGGUAGUAGGCUACAUGUAAUACAUUCAAGCAUUCUCCUAAGCUAAAUGAAACGGAUUUAAAGGCCGUUUUAGUCGUUUUAAUUACCCUAAAAGAUUUAAAAAAAAAACGGAAAGUCUGUAUAUUAUUUUAAGUCUGUGAAGAUGUAGAAGUCUAUGGUACCAAACUUUCCCCGGUUAAAUUAUUAUUAUUUCAUGGAAUGAGCAGUAGAGAAACAUCCAGAGGCUUCAAAAAUCAUUUGUGUUAUGAAACAAUACUUUUAAAAUAUCUUUCUUGAAUCGAUUUUAAUGAAAAUUCACUAUUUCGAUAAAAAUGUGUAGAUUUAAUUUAUCAGAUACUGCGUAAUACAUAAAUUGAUUGCAUCAGUUCGUGUGGAUUUUCAAGCUUUUCUGCUGAGGGUCAAUCGCUA